AUGGAUUGGAACUCAGGAUCUCUUUAUUCUAUCAUAGAUGUCCGUUUUUGGAAACAAAUAGGAGCUCCCCAGUUGACUGACGCACCACGUCUACGUGCUUAUGGAAAUUCAAAACUUAAGUCAUUAGGUUUGACGGACGUGACGGUACAAGUGCAAGAUCAGGAACGAAUUGUACCAGUAAUAGUUAUGAAAAAUGCAGAUCCAAUGCUAUUUGGUCUACAAUGGAGCGAAGUAUUCGAUAUGGAAUUUCCUAAACCAGUCUACACUAUUCGUACUUUACAACAACCUACAACGCUUAAGCAGGUUUUAAAUACAUACAAUUCUCUUUUUGAUGAUCAACUGGGUAAAGUCAAGAACUAUGAAGUGAAUAUUCAUAUUAAACCUGGUACACAACCUAAACACCUUCCUCCUAGACCUGUCAAGUUCUCUUUGAAAAAGAAUAUCGAAAUAGAAUUGAAGCGGCUCGUGGAUACUGGUAUAGUAACUGAAAUAGAUCCUAAUAUAACUCCUGUCGAAUGGGCAACGCCUACUGUCAAUGUGAUAAAGACUAAUGGCCAAGUGAGGAUUUGUGGAGACUAUCGCAGCACUUUAAACCCUGUUCUUAUUACGCAUGCACAUCCAGUUCCUUUGUUUGAUCAAUUACGUCAAAAAUUAGCAGAGGGAGAGAAAUUUACCAAAAUAGAUUUGAAAGACGCCUACUUACAGUUUCCAAUUGCUGCUGACUCAAAAAAAUAUCUUACUAUUACUACACAUAAAGGUUAUUUUCAAUAUAAUAGAAUGCCUUUUGGAAUCUCCACAGCCCCAUCUAUUUUCCAACAUUUUCUAGACAAACUACUUGAAGAUAUUCCAAAUGUCGCAGUAUAUUUUGAUGAUAUUGCCAUAACUGGUAAAAAUGACUUAGAUCAUCUUAGAACUCUAUCCAUAGUACUUGAAAAACUAGAAAAAGCUGGUCUUAAGGUAAAUUUAAAGAAAUGUUCUUUCUUUCAAGAAGAAAUUGAAUAUGUUGGGCACACUAUUAAUAAAGAUGGCGUUCGUCCAACAAAGUCAAAACUGGAAGCCAUUCAGAAAGCAGCCCCACCUAGCAAGCACACCCAAGAGCUCAGCUAUAACUACGAUGUUGUAUUUACAAAAGGCAAACUUAACGUCAUGGCCGACUAUCUCUCACGAAUGCCCAACCCUCACGAAAAACCCUCAUUAUCAGAAGUUUUGAAUCAUAAAAUAGACACACGUCACCAAAUGGGUAAGCUACAUGACCUACCUAUAUCUGAAGACAUUCUGAGAAACGAAGUUAAGAAAGAUUCUUAA